GCUGGCAAUAUAAUUGAUUUUUGUAUGUUUAUUGGUAAUAUUAUUUUUGUUAUAAUCGUACCAGAGUUUGUUCAUUUGUAUUGUAUUAUUUUUAAUCUAUAUGUUUUUAAUUUUUAUUUUUAAAAUCGAUUAUUACGUUAUUAUUGAUAUUAAAAUCAUUUCCCAAGAGCAGUUUGCAAUGUAAUCCUUCAAUUACAUAUGCGUUUAUAUGAUAAUAGUCAUUUUUUAUUUUUAUUGUUAUCUCAGUUCUACCUAUUUGCUUUAGUUCCGUAUUAUCUGCACCAGUUAUUAUGAUGUUGUCUUUAGUGUUAAUAACUAAUAAGUUGCUUAUUUUUUGUUAACGAAAAGUCUAUACAAGAAAGAUUUGACCCUGUGUCUAAUAUAGCAUAUUUUUCAUUUCCCUCAAAUUCCACUAUCAUUGAUAAUACUCUUUGUCCACAUUCUGUAUUUAUUAUUGUGUUGUCGUGAUUUUUGUUUUUAUUUUCUACGAAGUUUUGAUUUGAUAAAUUAUUUGGAUGUUCGUUUAAGUAGUCAGUCCUUGGAUUUAAGCAUUUACGAACGUAUAAUAACAAUAUAUCAAUAUGUCGAUCUCAUUUUUCGACGAUAUUCCCAACACACGAUGCGUGUCACCUGAUUUAUUCCCGAAAUCGUACGAUCUACACGGUUACACACUACGUGUAGCCGGGCCAGGAGAACCCGCCGUCAAUAAUUCGCUCGGGUUUCAAGCAGGACAGCGAUUUCCGUGGGAAUCACCAGAUUCGAGAUCAUCAUCUUCUGUACUAAACCUGAUAUCUGGUCAAUUCCUCAGCGGUGAAGAAAUAUUAAACGACGCGCAGACAUUUCAUAUGAGCUGCGACUAUCAGUGGGAUGCCAGCCCUCCUAAAGAAAAGAUGCAUUGGAAGAAAAUAAUGUUACUGAAAUUCGACCUUAAAAUGAUCUAG